UACUAUCAUUUCCACAUCCGGCGGAAAGUGAGGCACUGGGUGUUGCAUUGCUGUAUCAGAUAAACAGCUGGUCCCCUACGGUGUCAUGUCGAACGUUAAAAUAGGCAUCAUAGGAGGCUCAGGGCUUGACAACCCAGAUAUCUUGGAAGGACGAACAGAAAAGUCUGUCAAUACCCCAUUUGGAAAGCCUUCUGAUGUUUUGGUGGAGGGGAAGAUCAAAGGUGUGGAAUGUGUCUUACUGGCAAGACAUGGGAGAAAACAUGAAAUUAUGCCAUCCAACAUAAAUUUCCGCGCUAAUGUGCAUGCACUAAAACUUGAGGGUUGCACACAUCUAGUUGUCACCACUGCUUGUGGGUCAUUACAGGAACAUGUGAAACCUGGGGACAUGCUCUUUCCUGACCAAUUUAUUGAUAGGACCCAGAAAAGGGUUCAAACAUUCUAUGAUGGUACUUGUGAGGAGUACAAGGGAGUGAGCCAUAUACCAAUGCAUACACCCUUCUGUGAAAGGACACGCAAGAUACUAAUUGAGAGUACCCAGCAGUUGGGCCUCCUCCACCAUACCACUGGCACAGUUCUGACCAUAGAAGGUCCCAGGUUCUCAUCCAAGGCUGAGAGUAAGUUGUGGAAGUCAUGGGGAGCAGAUAUUAUCAACAUGACUACAGUGCCAGAGGUAGUACUUGCCAAGGAGGCAGGGAUGAGCUAUGCCGCUGUAGGAAUGGUGACUGACUAUGAUAGCUGGCAUGAAGAUGAGGAUCCUGUUAGUGUUGAUUUAGUAUUAGCUACUUUUAAGACAAAUGCAGAAAGGGCCCAAAAAAUACUCCUCCAUGCAAUACCUAAAAUAGCACAACAAGACUGGACAGCAAUAAUGCAAGAAAACAAAGCAGUUGCUCGGUCUUCCAUAAUGUGAGCCAGGAUAACUUUCUAGAAGUCUCUGCUUAUUUACAAGGGAUGCUCAACUUACAUCCAUUGGCAUUGCAUUUUUAAAGGAACCUUAAAAGAGUCUGAGUACAUAUGGCCAAUGUGGAUCUGGGCUAUUUGUUUCACAUGAACAGUUUAAGUCUAAACUACUUUGCAGGGUUCAUUUUAGUGUUGUCAGGUGAUGAUAUCUAUUAAUCAGACAUGAAGUUUUUCUGCAGAAAUGCGGAAUUCUGCAUUUUUAAAUUCAAUUUUGAUGGUUCCCGGCCGGUUAGGAGUUGAGUCCCAUGAUAAAUGUUCAGAGUUUUUUGUUUGUUUUUUUUAAACCUAGGCUCAUGUCUGAUUAAUUUAAUGAUCAAUGACCAUAGUGGGUCAUUAAGAAACAAAAAAGUGAUUUAAGAUAUUUCAAUUUUGGAAAUUAUGCUACAUGUAAUUAAUAUUUUUAGAUUUAAGCUAUGCCAUUUCUAAUUAUUUUAAAGCAAUUUUCUCUAAUAUUGUAAAGCAUAACUUGUGCACCAGUAUAUUCAGCUUGUGAGGUUGAGGAUGUGAAGUUUGAACUUGGGUUGAAAGAUUAUUCAUUAAAGGUUUUAUGAUGCUGUUAUAUAUUAAGGUGAAAGUGUCACAUGCAUUAAGACAUAUAUGUUUCAAAUAUAAGGAUAUAAUUAUUAUGCAAAAUUGUUU